CAACAGCCGACAACCCACUGAGCCAGCCAUGAAAACCCUGAUCGUCCUGAGUGCGGUGCUGGCCGCGGCGGUGGCGAAGCCCGGCUACCUGGGCGCUGGACUGCUGGGUGCUGGUCUGGCAGCCCCAGCCAUCGCAGCCGCCCCUAUCGCCGUGCCGGCGAUCCCGCAGCCCCCCGCCAACAUCAUCAUCGGGCCCGGCGGCGUGCCCCUGGACACCCCUGAAGUGGCGGCAGCCCGCGGCGCACACCUGGCCACCGUAGCUCAGACGCGGGCCCGCGACGCCAUCAUCAACUCGGCCGCCAUCCUCGCCGCCCCAGCCGCCAUCGCCGCCCCCGCCGCCAUCGCCGCCGCCCCCGCCUACGCCGUCGGUCCCCCCGCGCUGGUCGGCGGCCUCGCCCCCUCGAUCGCCGCCCUGGGCCCGGCGGUGGCUGGAGCCCCUGGAGCCCUGGCUGCCGCCGCCCACCUCCAAGCGAAGGCUGCCCUGCUGGGCUGAACUGCGCUCCACAACGACCUCUGUCAGCAGAGGGACACUACGUAUGUCACUGACCUUUGUUUUACACCACAACACAGAGGCUACAGGCAUUUAUGUACAUAAGUUUUAUAAAUAAAUACGCAAAAUUA